GUUGAACUUUACGUCGGCUAGGAGCAAACUAUCAGGACUCGGAGUCCACGAAGCUGUCAUCAAUUCCCUCGAUCGAACUCAUCAAGCUAGCUAAGUCUGAGUGGAGGCUGUGCCCAUUUGUAUACAUAUCUUACUCCUGAAGGAGUAUGCUGCUAUCUGUUGUUUGUUUUCCACAUCACUCCUUGGACCUCUCCUUAGCAUCAGCAUCAAGCUUGUCGACAAGAUGUUCAUCAAUAGCACCCUCAAGCACAAACUCACUUUUCGGCGCAAGAGCGAGGGCUCUGCUUCCAGAGUCGAAUUACCUGCGGAUACAAAGCCUGUGAUCGAGCCCAACUCGCCGACCGCAACAUCUUCUCCUUCAUCUUCGAAGGCUCACAAAUUUCGCAUUUUCUCCACUCUCACGCACAUCAAAAAGAUGUCUCUGGCUAGCGUCUUCAAGAAAGGCCCUUCGGUCCAAAUACCUCCCACAGCGCUACAUUGUACAACUUCUGCCGUUCCAGAUAUAUCAAGACAUGUCCUAGCUGUUUCUGAAGAUGGCGUCUUACAUCCCACGAUGCCCUUGGAAACAAAACAUUGGGAGGGCGGUACAGAAUUUGGGCUUAUAUCUUCCGCUAUGGACAGAUCCUCAGAUCAGGAGGAUAUAAAUCCCAAUCCUCCUGGUAGUCGCAUAGCAGAUCGCGUGACCAGUUUGCGAAUGAGAACUGCUGCAGUUUGGGCUAGCAUUCCGGCCACCGUGGAAGGACUACCAGCUUCAUGCACAUCUAGUGAAACGUCUACUCCAGUCAAAUCCCAGAUGAAUUCCUUGGAGCACUAUGAGACUACAACUGUCGCGUCUGCAACGGUGGACAGCCCAUCGUUUUCGUCACCUGCUACUUCUGUCACGGCAGUGUCAGAUUGGGGUCCGCGGGACUCUUUGGCCAAUCUCAGCAUGACAGGCUACAAACAAGAGCGGAUACGCGUAAUGCCAAAAGUCUUACCUGCGUUGGAUGUCGUCUCCCUUGCACAGCUGCCAGAGCUGGGUUUGGCAUAUGCCAAACCUCCGUCUGAAUGUCGGACGCCCAAUGGGGACAAACUUGACUAUACCCCCAGUACUCCUACAUCUGGUUGGGAGUCAUCCCCUGAGAUACCAAGUAGCUCAUCAGGACAGCGCGCAAGUUCGCGAGCAGCUGGACACCUGGACUCACCUUCUCCGAGCCCUCGAAUGGCUCGUACUAUACCAAGCACUGCCGGCUACCCCAACACUGCCAAGGAGCGAUCCUUCCAUUGGUUGCCAGUCGUGCAACUUUUCACGAAUUCGGACGAAGACCUCGCAACGUCCAGCAUCCGAGGCUCUCUUACCAAUCUGUUCCAGGGACCGCUCGCAGCGGAGAUGCCCCUUCACCCAUGGUCGUGCGCAAAGAUAGCUCGUGCUGAAACCAAGCGAGCGUCUCGUAAGAAACAAUCGGACAAGAAGGGCUUCUUUACUCGCAUAUCUCGCUUUUUGGAGGCUGGUCCUCAAGACAGUAUUCCUGUCUCAUCCAAAAGGUAGCAUCACUUACUCAGGACUGCAUAAGAAUUUCCCUCUAUCACUGUUGCUUGUGUUUUUUUAUUCUCAUCGUCAUCCCAUGGUAUCACCUUUCAUCUAUGCGCUCUGGAGCACAUUAUCAGCCUAGUUUAUGAUACAUCGCACACAUCCAUUUCUAUCCAUCGCAUACGUCACGUUCUCUCGCUCUCGUUCUCGAGUUAUCCGCUUUUUCAUUGCAAUUGGACCAUAGGAAGUCGUGUUAUCUGUCUACUUCCAGCUCUGGUACACGGUACAAGAUUACAUUACCCCGGAUCUGCAAUUAUCGGCUUUCACAUGUU